AUGCGACUCUCAUACCUCGUUCUACUGCCUCUUCUUUCUCUUGUGCUUGCACAGGAUACGGAUAGAAGACAAGUCGAAAGAGCGUUCGACGCAGCCAACAUUCCUCAAGACUUGAACAUCAAAUUUGAAGCUGAAGUGUUGCUUGAGGUCUCCUUGCCACAGACGGGCGGGACUUCCAUCACCUUACACGCAGGCGUUCAACUCCCACGCAACGCUACCGCCGGUCCUCCCUCGUUUGCGGUGAGGGGAGAUGUUGCUGGGCGAGGUCCUUUCGUAGUAGCAACAGUCGACCCCGACGCACCUACCCCACAGAACCCCACUAGUGCCCAGAUUCGCCACUUCCUGGGAGGAAACUUCGUUAACGUUGGUGGAAACCUCCGAAAUAAUACACCUGCCAUCACGCAAUUCCGCCAGCCAACCCCGCCAGCAGGUUCCGACGCUCAUAGAUACAUCUUUCUCCUCUUCCGUCAGUCACCGCAAUUUAAUUCGCAGACAGAAGUCAACUCGACUUCAUCUACAUCGUUGUUCGACAUCGCCAAGUUCGCUGCUGACACGGGUCUUGGAAGUCCUAUCGGUGGUACAUUUAUGUUGGUUGCUCCCGAUGCUUGA